AGCUACCGGCGCCUCUGACCAAUCACAAAUUUGACUGCGAUUGGCAUCGGCAGCUUCUCACUGAGUGCUGCUGCUGCUGAUGGGUGUCUCAUUUAUUCCUCUUCAUCGGAACUGUGUCCAAAUUAACGAUGCAGUUCAUGCUUCUGUUCAGCAGACAGGGCAAGCUACGGCUGCAGAAGUGGUACGUGCCCCUGUCGGACAAGGAGAAGAAGAAGAUCACUAGGGAGCUGGUGCAGACCAUCCUGGCCCGCAAGGCCAAAAUGUGCAGCUUCCUGGAGUGGAGAGACCUCAAGAUUGUCUACAAGAGAUACGCCAGCUUGUACUUCUGCUGCGCCAUCGAGGAGCAGGACAACGAGCUGAUCACGCUGGAGAUCAUCCACAGAUACGUGGAGCUGCUGGACAAAUACUUUGGCAGCGUGUGCGAGCUGGACAUCAUCUUCAACUUUGAGAAGGCCUACUUCAUCCUGGAUGAGUUCCUGCUAGGCGGCGAAGCCCAAGAGACGUCCAAGAAGAACGUGCUCAAGGCCAUUGAGCAGGGCGACCUGCUGCAAGAGAACAUAGACUCUCAGACGCGCAUGUUUGCAGGUAUGACGGUCCCUAAUGUGACCUCAGAGACUUCUGGACUAUUUCAGAACUUGACACGCUGAGGUGAAUACUGUCUGUGGAUUUACCGUCUGGGUCACCAAUGCUCGUGCUAGUACGGUCCUUUCGUAGCAAGUCUUUUUAUCACAUCUCGUCUGUCCGGUUUCAUGUCUACUGCUGUCUGGUUCUUGGUUCAGUGCUCCUCCUGUGGUUCCUGUGCCAGUCUAGUUUCUCCCGUCUAGCCAUUCCAGUUUACUUCCUGUGUAGUGCUGUCUAGUUCCUUAUCACAUCUCGUCUGUCCGGUUUCAUGUCUACUGCUGUCUGGUUCUUGGUUCAGUGCUCCUCAUGUGGUUCCUGUGCCAGUCUAGUUUCUCCCGUCUAGCGAUUCCAGUUUACUUCCUGUGUAGUGCUGUCUAGUUCCUUGUACACUCCUCAUGUGGUUCCUAUUCCGGUCUAGUUUUUUUUCCAUUCUACCUAGUGUCUGGUGCCAUCUGGUUCUUGUCAUGAUCUGUUUUAUUGAUCCAGUGCUUUGGGUUUGGUUGCUACUCCAGUAUGAGUGGACUGAUUUUUGGUUCAGUGUUCCAAGUAUUGGUCCGGGUCAGGUUUUUGAGUUAUGCUUCAAUUCCCAGUGCUCCCUGUCUGGUUCAUUUCUAGUGCUUCUGGUCUUUGUCUGCGUACGGUACACCUGUUCUGUUUCCAGGUCUAGAGUUUUAGAUCAAGACGACAGAUUCUUGUCUGAAUUCGGGUCCUUUGUCUGGUAUUUGGUCAGACCGGUGCUGCUGGUCCAACACUCAUGGUGUGCUUCUGUGUGUGGCACUUCUGAUGUGGUUUUGGGUCAAGCAUUCCUGGCCAGGUUCCAUGUCUAGUGCUCAUUGUCUGGUUCCAGACAUGAACAGUGUACCAGUCAAAUGGCCCAGGUCUGGAUCCUGUUAGUUUUCCUGGGCGGAGUUCUGGACCGGAGCGAUCUCCUAUUUUGUAUCAUGACUCAGUACUCCUUGUCUGAAUUUGGGUCUCGGUGUUCUGGUCCAGUGCUUCUGGUCUGGUCUAAAAAUGGACUAAGAGCCACCUUGGUCUGGUUUUUGAGGCCUUUCCUUGUCCACUCCCCUGGCUUCCGGUUCCUGUUCCAAGUUUUUGGUCCUCCACCUUUCCAACUUUGUGUCUAGACGAGCACAUUUUAAAGUGUUGUGUGUUCCACUGUGCGUUCAUUGUCUUUGUUUCGGUCACGUUGACUACAUACGGUGGUACCUUGACUUAAGAGUCGAAUUUGUUUUGGGACGAGGCUUGUAACUUAAAUCAAUUGGCCCUCAAAUCAACGUACCCUAUUAACCCUUUCAUGCAUCCUGUAACCCAGGGGUAUGAUCAGCUGUCCACUGCCGUGACCGCUGUCCCUGAAAGGGUUCAAAUGAAUGGAAAAGUCCCCCCAAAAUAAAUAAUAAAAUAAAAAAAAAAAAAUCCCCCACUUUGACCACAUUUUCGCCACUCGCACAGCAAGGUACAACUGUCUUUGUUGACUGCAAAGCACCUCUUUACAACACGCCGCCUACAGAGCAGAGGUGGCAUCUGUAAAGCCCAAGGCCAUGGUGUCGUUCGAAAGAGACAGUGAGACCUCAUCAUGGCUGCGUGCCGUCAUGUUCUAAAAGCCUUCUCUCUCUC